AUGGCUCUUGAGAACUUCGACCCAGAGGCUUUUUUUAAAAAGUGGUCUGAUGAAGAAUUCAAUCCAAUCCACAGCGGCAAGCCCCUUGCACGAUGUAUAGGCGAAGCUUUCGACAUACCCCCAACGGAUCAAUACAUCUACCGCGCCCAAGGAGAGACUACGCUGCAUAUCACUGAGCGAGCAAUAUCAGGGAAGCGAGCUCAUGGCAUGCACGACUGGUACCACGAUGAAGUAGGGAAGCCUAUUGAGCCACAACAUCCCGCGUCCGAAGAGGUCACAGCAUACACAUCCCUCUUCGAUCCCUCCAACAACCUGCCCAAAACUCUGAACGGCUUAAAAUCCAAUUCGAAAGCCAACACCAUCCUUAAAAAAGUCGCCGAGCACCUGAGCUCCCGAUACCACAACACCACGGCCGGCCUGCUGCCCUCCAAGAAGGACCGCAAUCACGUCAACCCCUACCUCAGCCUGUGGACCUACAGCUGUCAGGAGCUAGAAUGGUGCGGUCCAAUCCCAGCAACAACAUACACCGAAAUCUCGCACCACAUCCUGCCGCUGUUCUACCACCACUUCGGCUGCAUCGUGCCGUCAUACGCGGCCCUGCACAUUCUGGCGAAACUCUCGCAGCCCGCGAAGCCCUCGAAAGAAUCCGUGCUGCCGAUUCUGGAUGUCGGGAGUGGGAAUGGAUACUGGACGUAUAUACUGCGGCAUCUACCAUUACCUGUGCCGGAAUGGAAGGCUUUGGAUGUUCGGCCCAUUGACUCUGGGUUGAGCGAGUACAGGGUCACGUGGGUCAAAGAUACAAUUAAGAUGGAUGGCAAGGAAUAUCUGAGGCGCAAUACGAAUGGCAAGGGGGCUAUCUUGUUGCUAGUGUAUCCGCAGGCGACGGGGGACUUCACAGGGCCAAUCUUGAAGAUGUUUGAGGGCAAUACGAUUGUUGUUGCGGGCACGCAGAACGGCAAUGGGUUCACAGCAUUUCAAGAUCAAGGGGUUGAUAGGUGGGUGGAGAAGAACUUGAAGGCAUUUGAGUUGACGCUCAGGAUGCCGUUGCCGAGUUUCGCGGGGAAGGACGAGGCGCUUUUCGUGUUUCAGAGGACGAAGACUUGA